AUGAUUGCGUUACAAAACCAGGCCAUCUUACCCUCCGCCAAAGUGGAUAUCUCACUGUUACUGAAACCCCAAGAUGAAGAAGAGACUGCCUCGGUGACUAGCGCGCCCGCCUAUGCGACGAAUUCGAUAUCUCAAGCUUCAUUGGUCCCGUCUCUGCCUGUGGCGACACCGUCUACUAUUCAUUCAGCAACGGCGGUCCCGCCGCUCACCAAUGUUUCCUCCUCAGUCCCUGUCAAGCGUCUUCAACCAGCACAUACGGCAGAGUCCCCUGCUAAGAAGCAGUCAAAAUGGUCUCCCGAGGAAGAUGCUCUUAUCAUCGAGUUGCGAGGCAGUGGUAUGAAAUGGGAAGAUAUCAGCAAGCGCCUUCCGGGGCGAAGUGCCAUUAGUUGCCGUCUUCACUAUCAGAAUUAUCUGGAACGCAGAAGUGAAUGGGACGAGGAUAAGAAAAACAAGCUUGCGCGGCUAUAUGAAAGGUUCAAGGCCGAGAUGUGGUCGAAGGUCGCAGAGGAAAUGGCGAUUCCAUGGCGGGCAGCGGAAGCCAUGCAUUGGCAAUUGGGAGAGCAGGAGAUGGCUCGUCGUGCCGGAGUUGUUCCUUUCUCGCUGUCAAGCACUGCUAUCGAUCCACCUGCGCCCAGAGCACGCAGAGCCAGCACAUCUUUGUCUCGGCCGAGGAAAGGAUCGAGUUCGCGUUCGAUACACCAUCCCCCGCAGCUUCCAUCCGUUGAGGAACUCACUGCUGGAGUACCCGCAUUUGCGCCACCUCCGCCUUUUCUGCCACCCCGCGAAGCAUAUAGGAUAAGCCGCCCAUUGGAUCUGGGUGGUAGUCAAGGCGGCCCAUUCGGCCCGAAUCUCGGUCUUCCUCCUCGAACCCUUCCCUAG